CUGAUGGAGAACAGGACAGAAGUGACACAGUUCAUUCUGUUGGGACUCACCAACGACUCAGGCCUGCAGGUUUCCCUCUUUAUCACCUUCCUCCUUAUUUACACCAUCACCUUGGUUGGGAACCUGGGGAUGAUCCUGCUGAUUCUCUUGGACUCUCGGCUCCACACUCCCAUGUACGUUUUCUUAGGUAACCUGUCUCUGGUGGAUUUCUGUUACUCUUCGGCUGUCACUCCAAAAGUUAUAGCUGGACUCCUAAGAGGAGACAAGGUUAUGUCCUACAAUGAUUGUGCUGCUCAGAUGUUCUUUGUUACAGGACUUGCUACUGUGGAAAAUUACCUUUUGGCCUCAAUGGCCUAUGAUCGAUAUGAAGCAGUGUGUAAACCCCUGUACUAUACCACCACCAUGACGACAAGAAUGUGUGCAGGGCUGGCCAUAAGCUGUUAUGCCUGUGGUUUCCUGAAUGCCUCCAUCUAUACUGCAGACACAUUCAGUCUCUUCUUCUGUAAAUCCAACAUAGUUCAUCACUUUUUCUGUGACAUACCAGCAGUCAUGGUUCUCUCUUGCUCUGAUAGAUGUGUUAACGAGUUGGUUCUUGUUUGUGUAGCCAGUUUCAAUAUCUUUUUUGCUCUUAUAGUAAUCUUAAUAUCCUAUCUAUUGAUUUUUAUCACAAUUCUAAAGAUACAUUCAGCUGCAGGACAUAGGAAGGCUAUUUCCACCUGUGCCUCCCACUUCAUUGCUGUUUUAAUUUUCUAUGGGACUGUCAUCUUCAUGUACAUGCAGCCCAGCUCCAGUCACUCCAUGGACACUGAUAAAAUUGUAUCUGUAUUCUACACAAUGGUCAUCCCCAUGCUGAACCCCCUGGUCUACAGCCUGAGGAACAAGGAGGUCAAGAAUUCAUUCACAAAGAUUGUUUUCAGGGUAAAAUAG